AUGGAGUGUGUAGUCCUGGUGCCUACACUACCAUGCCCCUCACUGAUCCUCCUGCUCCUCCUGCUGCUCCUCCUGCUGCUCCUCCUGCUCCUCACUUAUCCUCCUUCUCCUCCUGCUGCUCCUCCUGCUCGUCACUUAUCCUCCUGCUCCUCCUGCUCCUCACUGAUCCUCCAGCCCCUCACUGAUCCUCCUGCUCCUUCUGCUCCUCACUGCUCCUUCUGCUCCUCACUGAUCCUCCUGCUCAUCCUGCUCCUCACUGAUCCUCCUGCUCCUCCUGCUCCUCCUGCUCCUCACUGA